AUGAUCAGCGAUCUCGAGAAAAGUUUAGAACAAAUAGGAAAGCUCCGCAAUAAAUUAGAAUCGAAUAGACUUAUGGAAUUGUCAAAACAUUACAAACAUCAAGAAUUAAUAAUCUCAAAAAACCGGUGCUUUAAGAAUUUACAAGCAAGCUCAUUACUAAGUUUUAUGCUCGCCCAAUUGAUGGAUGAAGUUGAUAGAGCCGCAAAAUAUUGGGAGUAUAGACCAAAAGAAUGUGACAAUGAUUCAUCAAAUAUACAUGAUAAUAUAUUUGAAAUUGAUGAACUUUCAUUUUAUCCUGAGAAUGUAUUCCGAUGGUUAAAGAGAUUUAAAAACAGUAGAAAAUCAACCUUUCGCUCAAUUAUUAAAGAACAAGUAUCGAUAUUAUAUGGAGUUGGUGACACUAUUGGACAUAUAGUUAUGCUACAGACACAUUUACGAAAUGGUGUUGAUCCGUUUUCGGAAUUUGAGAAGAAGAAACCUACACAGGAUGAUGUAGACAUUUGGUUAAUUAUGGUGUAUACAACUAGUAAACUUUUAGAAAAACUCGAAAAUGAGAUAACAAAAAUUGAAGAGCCAAGUAUUUGUUUUAUUUACAAACAAUUAAUUAGCGAUUUAGAACCAUUUUUAAUAACAAUUCAAAAGAUUGCUACUGAUAAACGAUGGAAGGAAUCAGAAUUAAUUGAAGAUAAUCCACAAGAUACACAUGAUAAAUCAGUCGAGCAUAAAAAUUCUCAAUAUACACACGACAAACAAUUUGGGGAAUAUAAUCCAAACUAUUCAUACGAUGAAAUAUCCGAAGAAUAUAAACCAGAAUAUACACACGAUGAGGCAAAGAAAUAUCCUAAUAUG